GCCUUUUUUGGGGAAUCCACGGGGACGUUGCUUCACCGGGGCCAAGAAGCUUCCCUCUUCUCUCUCCUCCCCUCCUCCUCAUAUAAAAGAGAGCAAAAAAGCUCCCCUUUCAUCCUGUCUCCUCUCCUCCCAUCGACCUCCUCUAUCUUCUACCGCUAUUGCUCUUCUUCUUGAUUCGUUCCUCCGACUUCUGCUCCCAUGGCGUCGGAGGCUCUGGUUCUUGGCCAUGGCCUGAGCUACUGCAAGCCCUUUGCUCGCCUCCCGAUCACUCGCCCUCGUCCCUUUCUUUCGGUUUCUUGCAAGAUGCGGCAUCGGAAUCUCAGUUCUCAGCAUAGGAGACAGGUUAAAAAAGUAACACCUGAACCGCAUUUAAAUUUGAACCUUCAGCCGCAAAGUGAAGAAAGCCAUGAAGUUCAAAAUUCUAGCACCAAAAAUGAUGUAAAUUCUCAUCAAGAAACUCUAUCAAAAUCUGAUGCUGAUUCUAAUCUUGUUACCAAGACAGAUGGACUACCAUCUUCCCUUGAGGAGAAAAAUAUUGCGAUUGAGCAUGUGGAUGGUGGACAGCAGCUUACAAGUGUUCGUCUUGAAGAUUUGGUAGGCAUGAUGAGGAAUGCCGAAAAGAAUAUCUUGCUUCUCAAUGAAGCUCGUGUUCGUGCACUCGAAGAUCUUGACAAGAUUCUUUCUGAAAAGGAUGCUUUGCAAGCAGAAAUGAAUGUUCUAGAGAUGAAGCUGGCAGAAACUGAUGCACGACUUAAAGUUGCAGCACAAGAAAAGAUAAAUGCUGAACUUCUUGAAGAUCAACUUGAGAAGCUGAACAAUGAAAUAUCUUCAAGGAAUACUAUCGAGGGACAGUUUGAAAUUGGGAGUAAAAUUUGGAACGCAGAUUUAUCUGCCUUGGAUGCUGGUAAUAAUUCCCCUCUUGUUGAGGAGCUUGAUGCCCUAAAGAAGGAGAAUAUGUUACUGAAGGAUGAUAUACAAACUCUGAAGGCAAAACUUACUGAUGUUAAGGAAACUGAGGAACGUGUACUGGUGUUGGAGAAAGAACGAUCCUCUUUGGAGGCUUCCCUGGGAGAGUUGGAGUAGAUUUCAGUAGCUCAGAAUGACGUUUCAAAACUUACUUCUGUGACGUAUGAAUGCAUGGAGUUAAGGGAGAAGGUGGAAAAUUUGCAAAUCGUGCUUGAAAAUGCCACCCAACAAGCAGACCAGGCUAAAUUAGUUUUACAACAAAAUCAGGAGCUGCGACAGAAGGUUGAGAAGUUGGAAACAAUUCUGGAAGAAGCAAAUGCAUAUAACUUUUCAUCUGACAUAUUUCAACAUUAUGAUGAACUUUUGCAACAAAAAGUUGAACUAUUAGAUGAGCGUCUUGAAAUGUCUGAUCAAGAAAUAAAUUCACAGAUUCAGUUGUAUCAAGAAUCAGUCAAAGAAUUCCAAGAUACAUUGGAUAAGUUAAAAGAAGAAAGUGAGAGAAGAUCACUUGAACAACCCGCUGAUGAUAUGCCUUGGGAAUUUUGGAGCCGUUUAUUGCUUACAAUUGAUAGUUUGUUGCUUGAGAAGAAAAUAUCGUCCAAUGAUGCAAAGUUACUGAGAGAAAUGGCAUGGAAAAGGGAUGUUCGAAUCCGUGAUGCAUACUUGGCUUGUAAGGGCAAGAAUGACCAUGAAAUGGUGGCUACAUUCCUCAAAUUGACAUUGUCCCAAACUAGUCCUGGAUUGCAUGUUGUUCACAUUGCAGCAGAGAUGGCUCCGGUUGCGAAGGUUGGUGGUCUAGGGGAUGUUGUAUCUGGUCUUGGUAAGGCAUUACAGAGAAGGGGACAUCUUGUGGAAAUUGUUCUUCCUAAAUAUGACUGCAUGCAGCUUGAUCAUAUCAGUGAUCUGAAGGUACUAGAUGUGGUGGUACAGUCUUAUUUUGAUGGACAGCUAUUCAAAAAUAAAAUCUGGGUUGGAGCUGUUGAAGGUCUUCCAGUCUAUUUUAUAGAGCCUCAUCAUCCAGCUAAAUUUUUCUGGAGAGGACAGUACUAUGGAGAGCAUGAUGAUUUUAAACGCUUCUCAUUUUUUAGCCGUGCAGCACUUGAACUGCUCUAUCAAGCUGGAAAGAGCCCUGAUAUAAUCCAUUGUCAUGACUGGCAGACAGCUUUUGUUGCACCACUUUAUUGGGAAAUAUAUGCAAGACAGGGGUUCAAUUCCGCUAGAAUUUGCUUCACAUGCCACAACUUUGAAUAUCAAGGAACGACACCUGCUUCAGAGUUGGGAUCCUGUGGCCUUGAAGUUCACCACCUAAAUAGGCCAGAUAGGAUGCAGGACAAUUCAGCCCAUGACAAAGUCAAUCCUGUUAAGGGUGCAAUCAUAUUUUCCAACAUUGUUACAACAGUAUCACCAACUUAUGCUCAAGAGGUGUGCACUGCAGAGGGUGGACGGGGUCUCCAUGAAACAUUAAAAUUCCACUCUAAGAAAUUUGUGGGAAUUCUCAAUGGAAUUGAUACAGAUGCAUGGAAUCCUUCUACAGAUGGUUUUCUCAGCGUGCAGUACAAUGCUGAUGAUCUUCAUGGGAAAGCAAAUAAUAAAGAUGCUAUAAGAAAGUAUCUCAAGUUAUCUACUUCAGAUGCCUUUCAGCCACUGAUUGGUUGCAUUACACGACUGGUACCUCAGAAGGGUGUAUAUCUUAUCAGGCAUGCAAUGUACCAAACAUUGGAGUUAGGAGGACAGUUUGUGCUUCUAGGUUCAAGUCCAGUGCCACACAUUCAAGGGGAGUUUGAGGGUAUUGCAAACCAUUUCCAGACCCACCCUCAUGUUCGGUUGCUAUUGAAAUAUGACAAUGCUCUUUCACACGCAAUCUUUGCAGCAUCUGACAUGUUUGUAAUUCCAUCAAUGUUCGAGCCUUGUGGCCUUACUCAGAUGAUAGCUAUGAGAUAUGGUGCUGUGCCAAUUGUAAGGAAAACAGGUGGACUGACUGAUAGUGUUUUUGAUGUUGACGAUGAUACAAUUCCGGUACAAUAUCGAAAUGGCUUUACAUUUGUGACACCAGAUGAGCAGGGCCUAAGCAGUGCCCUGGAACGGGCAUUCAGUUACUACAUGAAAAAUCCUGAUGGCUGGCAACAACUUGUUCAGAAUGACAUGAGAAUGGAUUUCAGCUGGGAUUCAUCAGCUGCACAGUAUGAGGAACUAUAUGUGAAGUCUGUAGCUAGAGCAAGGGCAGCAGCAGCUCGCGCAUAAGUUCAUUCAUUCAUUUUAGUCUAUAUCGUACAGAAUCCACCUUGGAGACACAUUCAUACUGUUGGAGUACCUUAUGUGACACGCUGCAGCUUUUGGUUUCUGAUUAAUGGCUUUGACAUAGAAGUCUGCCAGUGAUUCAAAAUACAAACUUUACUGAUGGUUAACAGAAUUAUACGUGAGCCUUUUGCUCAUGAUGAUGCAUGGAAUAGAUGUCGCUGUUGUAGAAGAGGUCACCAUUAUUUCGUCCAUGCUAGAGGAGCAGAAAAUACGUGAGAAUUCCACUCUCUUGGAACUCAAAAAGGAAUUUUCUUGGUCUAGUUCUGACGUAGAUGUAGCUUUCUCUCACUCCUGCUCUUGUAAACUUUUGUUGCCCAGCCUUUUACAACGGGUGACAUGCCUUCAACCUUUACAAAAGCAAAAUCUUUUCUUCAGUUUUUACGCAUUCUUGAUUUGUAAUACAAAGUGCUUUGAUGAAUAACAAGCACAAGUUAACAUGAUCGAGGAUUACAAUUUUACUUUCUCAUUUUUUUAUUCUGGUUCAGGAUCACUUACAGUUAGGCAAUUAAAAUAUUAUGCUGAGCGUGUAUUAUGCUGAGCGUGUAUGUACUUGCUGGUAA